AUUAAGAGAAACAAAUAGCUGUGGACAGAUUUUUUUUAGGUAUAAUGUAGAAAAGACAGACAAUGUAUUUUAGAGGCUCUCUCCUAUUAUAGAGCCGAUUGAUCUUUGAUUAUACAGGGUAAUUAGAGGAUUUUUUCCCCUAGAAAACCAAAGCGGGAUUUUCACGUUUGUUUGAUUUCAUAGUUUAAAAUAGGCUCGUACUGACCUUUCUGUUUUGCGUAUUUUACAGUAUUUUACGAAGCAAAUUAACAAAUGGAACCAGUAGUAUUCCAUAUUACUACACAAAUCAUUUAAUAAUCUUUUUGUGGUACCAUGUCAUCCGACAUAAGUUUAUUUAACCUGGUGAAUCUAUCCAUCGGCACACCAGAAAUUGGAGCAGUUAAUUUCAACGCUUUGCACACUUUGUUGCACGCGAUCCUGGAACACUUGAAGAUACAAAAUGUUACCGCUGAAUGGAGAGAACCGGACGAGGGUCACGAUCCCAGAGGGGCUCUCGCGACCAAGACCACCUUAUCAGGGGAGAGACCAAACAUCUACCACCACAUGGAGGACAGGCUGAGACAUCUAGAAAACAAAAUAAACGCGCUGGAGCGGUUUCCAAGCGGCCAAGAGUUGCUUAGUCGCACCGCUUCUGGGAGCACCACAUCAGUGAACGACAUGUGGCAGCUGAUGCAGCUCCGUCGAAAGGUGGAAGCGAACGAAGAGGGAGUGUCAAAGUGUAUGGCACUUAUGCAAGACUUAUUGAAGGAGAUUCAAGAACUGAAGGAGACCAGAGAUAACCUGAAAAAGGAGGUCAUUGCCCUUCAGAAUGAACUCAACCAGAUUAAUGUGGAUCAGUUCACUGAUAGAAUCAGUGUUGUGGAGCAAUACUUCCACCAAGUGGAAGACCUGGUGAAUUCCAUGCGAGAGCUGAAGGAGAAAGUGGCGCUCUAUCCGCACCCUGAAGUGUUCAGCCAGUGUGUGACAUGGGAAGUUAUGCAGGCCACUCUUGUCAAUGACAGACAAAAGAUAAAGAAGGAACUGACGAACAGCAUCACAGGCACUGGACCUCUAGUUACACCCUGUGAAGUCAGCAUCCCUUCGACCCCAAGGGUCUCACCUACAGUGGAUCUGCAUGGGAUGGCCAACUCCAGUGGCUCGACAGGCCCAGACCUCGGGGGCUCUCAUGAGGUCCCCCUGCUCCAGCUACCCAUGUCUUGGAUCAGCAGGGGGGCUGAGCAUUACCCUGAGACGGUGGACGCCCUCAGGGAAAUUGGUCAGCUGCAGGAGAGGCACAAAAGGCUGGAGGCCCGUGUGGAGCACCUGGAGGGGGGGAAGGCAGACCAGGCCCAUGUUCAGCAGCUCAGGGAGAUACUCAGUGACAUGGGAGAAAAAGACAUGCCUGAAAAUAUGCUGGAGCGAGUGAAUCAUGUGAAGAGUCUUGUAGACACUGUAAUAGCAGAUAGAAAAAAGUCCUCUGAGUUGAUGAGCGAUGUGCAGGGUGCGAUCCUGCAACUCCAGGUGGAGUGUGAGAAGCUCCACAGCACAACUAGCCAGCUGAUGGAGGCCCACCUCCAGAAGCAGAGCCAUAUCAAUCACCUGUUCAAAACCAUGGAGGAGCUGGAGGAGAAGAAGGCAGACAGGGAGGUGGUGGAGACGGAGAUCGGCAUUAAAGCAGACAAACAUGCCCUGGAGACCAAGGUGAGCCGCAUGCAGUUUGACACCAUGACGGAACAGCUGAACGGGAUGUUUCAGGAGCUCCUCAGCAAGGUCACAGGCCACGAGCAGGACUGGCACAAGGUCAUCGAGAAGAUCUCUAAAGAGAUGGAGAGCAAGCUAAACCGCAUCGAGCUGGACCCUCUAAAGAAGCAGCUGGAGGAUCGCUGGAGGAGCAUAAACAAGCAGCUCCAGACCCAGCCAGCCCCCGUACAUGAUGACGCCGCUGGUUUCAGAAGACAGCUUUUGGCGAGGUUCCACUGCAUCUCCUGUGAUCGGCCUGUCGACAUACUGACUCCAGGACCGCACUUGGUAACAUUGCCCUCGCCUCCUGGAUUGCCGUCUCACAAGACAAACAGGCCAUACACCAUCUAUGAGAUGGAGCAAAUGCGUCAUCACAGCAGGAGUGAACGGAUCCCAGAAAUGACGGAGUAUGGCUAUUUGGCCCUGUCACGCAGCUGUGGUGGCAGUCACACCCUCACCUUUGCCAACCGGCGCUACAGUCGCUUGCAACACAUCACCCACCUGAUCCAGACAGAGGAGGACAGCCAGGUCAUGUCUAGUCCUGGCCUGCAAGUUCAGCCAGAAGAGGUGGACAUCCUUGGUCUGGACGGACACAUCUAUAAGGGCCGCCUGAACAACAGGGCUGUGAAGACAGUGGAGGCUAGACUUCCCACCAUCUCACCCAAAGAAGCAAACAACUACAAGAGCAAAGACAGGGCAAGCCGCUAUCAGCCGCAAAAGGGCCCCAGUGCGGACGCCAGUUACGGGUCUCUUCUUAGGCCUCAGAGUGCCAAGACACAUUGCAGCCACUCAGCUUCAGGCAGUUUUGUGAAACAGCGGUCCAUGUCCUCCAUGAGCUGUGUGUCUAACGCUGAUGCAGCCCACUCCCCUGCUGAUCCUGACACUGAGCUUCUGCAUUGCCAGGAGCUCCACAGAGACUUCAGCCAAUCACAAGAUGGACCGGGGUCAUCAUUAUAGACCUCCUAUAAUCUUAUUUCAUUACAUGUGUACCUUAUUUUGAAAAUGUUUACAGCUGAAAGGAUAUCUGUGUCCAAUGUGUUAAAGAAAAAAAUGCAAUUACUAAAGUCCAACUACUCUAAAUUAGUUAAACUGGUCAAUAAAUUGUGUAAAUUGUGGUAUUAUUGGUAUUAUCUGCAGUAUACCUUUUGCUAAAUGUCAGCACAUUUACUGAGGCAGGUUUCUGGCUAAUUUCUGCCUGGCUUAUCCAUGCCUAAAUUUAAAAUGUGUCUUCUUUAUAAUACAACCUGUUCAGGUUUUGCAGCUUUUGGAACAAUUCAGUCAAUUGCCAAGUCAUGCUAAUAAAAUAUGUUUUCUAAGCAUAGAUUAUUUAUGCAUUGACAAUAAAUAUCUCACCUUGUUUAUUUGAACUCCAUCAUGGCUGCCUGACAUGUAUGGUGUCCUUAAACAGAAAAAAAUCAUUUUGACUUGACCUGCUACUCAAUGUUUGUUUGUUGCCAGACUUAUCUAACCUUGCUCAGGUUUCCUCAUUUACUAAUAAGUUUACUUGAUUUAGUCAAAUUCACUAGACCUUAAUAACCAGACAUUAAAUAAUUAUUUAAACAUACACUUAAGCAGUCGAGCACUAUCAUAACUGAUAGACAGUGUUUAUAUUUAAAGUAUUAAGUCUGAAUAUAAUAUCCUUCUGGGUACACAAUUUCAUUAGCUGAUAUGGUCAAAAGUAGGUUCCACUGAGCUCUCUUUACUCCAUGGCGUACUGAAUUACUGAUCUCUGUCUGCUGGCAAUAUUUUUCAAAUUUCAAAUGAGUUGUAUAUAUUAACACUUCAAUCCUUUAAAAAGUCCUUAAUGGGGUAAUUGAAUGCUAAUAGAUGCUUUAUAAGCUGUGGCCUGGUGGGUUGUGUUGAUGGGUUGCAA